UAAGACGGCCAUGGUUCUAAAAGGUUCUGAUAACGUUGGUCACAUUCACAUACUCAAAUGGUCCAGAUCAUAAAAAACCCCUUCACUGUAGGACGGAAUGGGACGUGACCCUUUCUGUACUGUCAGUUCCGAUCUGAGUCUCAGCACGUGAAGGCAGCACAAGUUGGGCAGCAGCUCUCAGUUGUUGCAGACUGAUGAUCCAGCUGCUGUGUUAGAGUAUGUGAGUGUGUAAGACUGUGUACGAGUGAGUGUGUGUGUUGACAUGGAAACAACUGUGGUACACUGUUAAAACUGGACACACUCUUCUCUCCACGGCAGCGCUGCUGCGGUGACUCCAGACAAACACGACCGGGCCAACUUUCUUCUAGCACGGCUGCACUCAUGUGAUUUCUCCCCCCCCCCACCUUUCUCACUGGAGCCUGGAGCCAUGUCCAAGACUCUGAAGAAGAGGAAGAACCACUGGACUAACAAAGUCCACGAGAGUGUCCUCUUCAAGAACGAGGACGGGGAGCUGGGGCUGGAGCUGAAGGGCGGCGCGGAGAACGGACAGUUCCCCGUCAUCGCCGAGCCUGCGGCGGAGAGAGCGCUGUGCCACAGCGGUAAACUCCUCCAGGAUGAACUGCUGCUGGAAGUCAACGAUACCCCGGUGGUCGGACUCACCACCAGGGACGUCCACGCUGUGGUCAGACACAGCAAAAACCCGGUCCGACUCAAGUGUGUGAAACAAGGGGGUGUGAUAGACAAGGACCUGCGACACUACCUCAAUCUGCGUUUCCAGAAAGCCUCCGUGGACCACGAGCUGCAGCAGAUCAUCCGGGACAACCUUUAUCUACGGACCAUCCCCUGCACCACCAGGCAGCCCAAAGAAGGAGAGGUCCCAGGAGUGGACUACAACUUCGUGACCGUUGACCGGUUUAUGGAACUGGAGAAAAGUGGGUCCCUGCUGGAGAGUGGAACGUAUGAAGAUAAUUUUUACGGCACUCCCAAACCUCCGGCUGAGCCCAGCUCUGCCCUGCUGCUAAAUGUAACAGACCAGCUGCUGCCAGGAGCCAGACCCAGCUCUGAGGGCAAGAGGAAACGCAACAAGUCGGUCAGUAACAUGGAGAAAACCGGCAUCGAACCCCCCGAGGAGGAGGAGGAGGAGAGGCCCGUGGUCAACGGCAACGACAUCGCCGUGACGCCAGAGUCCAGCGAACAUGAAGACAAGAGCACAGACGCGGCCCAGGAGGGAAACCAGACGGACGCCUCAACGGACGGGGCCAAAGAUGAGGGGCAGUCCCUGAAGAUGACCGUACCCAAACCAGAGGAGAACGAGGAGCUGGGCCUGCUGCCAGACAACUGGGAGAUGGCCUACACCGAGAAAGGAGAAGUUUACUUCAUCGACCACAACACCAAGACAACAUCGUGGCUGGACCCAAGGCUGGCCAAAAAGGCGAAGCCGCCCGAGGAAUGCAAAGAAGAUGAACUUCCGUAUGGCUGGGAGAAAAUCGAUGACCCCAUUUACGGCAGCUACUACGUGGACCAUAUAAACAGAAGAACGCAGUUUGAGAACCCAGUCCUUGAGGCCAAGAGGAGACUUGAGCAGCAGCAGCAGAUGCAAAGCCAGGGUCUGUCCUCACUGCCCCUUCCCACCAUCUACAGAGAGAAGGCGUUGUUCACGCGGGACCCCACUCAGCUGAAAGGCAGUUUCUUGUCCACAUCACUCCAAAAGAGCAACAUGGGCUUUGGCUUCACUAUUAUCGGAGGCGACGAACCUGAUGAGUUCCUCCAGGUCAAGAGUGUGAUUCCCGAUGGGCCGGCUGCAGCUGAUGGGAAGAUGGCUACAGGAGACGUCAUCGUCUACAUCAAUGAUGUGUGCGUCCUCGGCACCACCCACGCUGACGUAGUUAAGCUCUUUCAGUCAGUUCCCAUUGGCCAAAGUGUCACCCUGGUCUUGUGUCGUGGUUACCCAUUGCCUUAUGAGCCUGAGGACGCUGCUAACACCAACAACACCACAACCACCACCACCACCAUCAUCUCACCACUGGGCAUCAUGGAGCAGCGCCCCAUCAUGGUCAACGGCAGGACCGGCUACGAAAACUACCUUGAGUAUCUCUCACGCACGGCGCGCUUUGUCACAGACCCCGGUCAGGAUCAGGUCAACGCACAGCAGCAGCUUCUCACGCCUCAUCCUGGGGACACUCACCUGGACGGCUCGCUUCCCGCCACCACCGGGACCACGCCUCCGGACAGCGUGUCCAUGGCGUCCUCGGGACCCACCCAGGGGGAGCUGUUGACGUUGACUAUGGUGAAGGGAGUGGACGGCUUCGGCUUCACAAUAGCGGACAGUGCCACAGGUCAGCGCGUCAAGCAGGUGCUGGAGCCGCUGGGCUGCCCCGGCCUGGGCGAGGGCGACCUGAUUGUGGAGAUUAACAAACAGCCGGUUCAGGGAUUCACACACACGCAGGUGGUGGAGCUGCUGAAGGAGUGUGCCGUAGGAGCGGAGACCAGUCUGGUGGUUCAAAGAGGAGGCACAGGUCACUAUUCUCCUUGGAAGAUCCCUAAGCAGGUUCUGGAGCAGUGGGAGUCCCAGCAGGGCCCCAACAGCCCGGCUCAGACCAGCCUGUCGCCCCCUGUUGUCCCCCACAGCUCCACUUACCCACCGCACCAUCUUCACAGGGCCUUAGUCCCAGACUCGGUCUGCGAGGCUAAGUCCGAUCCUUACGAGCUCUAUGAGUCGCCCAGGUCUAUCUAUGACAGUAGGCAACCCAGCCAACCGAGGACUGUUUUCCCCGUAGACUCCUCAGGAGCAGAGUACCAGGACAUCGAGGUCCACCUGCGCAGACAGAAGUCUGGGUUUGGUUUCAGGGUGCUGGGCGGAGACGAGGCGGGGCAGCCUAUCCUAAUAGGAGCGAUCAUCGAGAAGAGUCCUGCUGACAUCGACGGUCGUUUGCGACCUGGAGACGAACUCCUGUUCGUGGACGGGAUCCCAGUGGUGGGGAAGCCGCACAGAUACGUCAUCGACCUGAUGCAUGGAGCGGCACGUAACGGUCAAGUCAACCUGGUCAUCAGACGGAGGGUUCAGGCAGCAGGAGACCCCUGUCCAGAGAACGGUCGGAGUUCGGGCUCCGUCUCCACCCAGCACAGCUCCCCUCGCAGCGACUUCACCUACAGCAACAGCAUCAGCACGGCGCUGCCCGCACAGACACCGAACGCCUGCGUCGUCAACACAUCACCCGCUGCCGACGGGUCGUCGACUCCCAACGCUCAGCCCAACGACGUCAUCAUCAACCGGAAGGAGAGCGAAGGCUUCGGCUUCGUCAUCAUCAGUUCACUCAACCGACCUGAGGCUGCUGCCGCUAACACUGUGCCCCACAAAAUCGGACGCAUCAUCGAGGGCAGUCCGGCCGACCGCUGCGGGAAGCUGAAGGUGGGAGAUCGCAUCCUGGCGGUGAACAACCAGUCCAUCGUCAACAUGCCGCACGCAGAUAUUGUCAAAUUGAUCAAGGACGCCGGCCUCACCGUGACCCUGAGGAUCAUCCCGCAAGAAGAAAUCAGCAAUCCCCCGUCAGCCCCCAGCUCUGAGAAGCAGAGCCCCAUGGCCCAGCAGCACAGUCCUAAAACCCAGCCCGGCGUCGCUGCAACCUCGCAGCUCAACACGACGACGAUGACGGCGACAGAAGCCAACCCUCCUCCUCCUCCUCCUCCUCCUCCUCCUGUCAGCCCAUCCAACCCUGUGAACCACCAGAGUCCUGUGACGCAGCUGCCUGCACCUCCACCUCAAACCUACACCCACGAGAGCAGUUAUAGGUCAGAGGUGAAGGCCAGGCAAGAUGUCAAACCAGACAUCCGACAGCCGCCGUUUACAGAUUACAGACAGCCACCGGUGGACUAUCGGCACCCUCCAGUGGCCGACUACAGACAGCCUCCCACGUUGGACUACAGACACCCACCCCUGCUGGACUACAGACAACUGGCACCAGACGCCCGACAGUUCACCAUCCCUGAGUACAGGAUGCCUCCAGUGCAGCUCACACAGGACUUUGACUUCUUCACGGUAGAGCUGGAGAAAAGUGUGAAGGGCUUCGGUUUCAGCAUCCGCGGCGGGCGGGAGUACAAGAUGGACCUGUUUGUGCUGCGACUGGCGGAGGACGGACCAGCCAUCCGCAACGGGAGGAUGAGGGUUGGAGACCAGAUCAUUGAGAUCAAUGGCGAGACAACGAGGGACAUGACCCACGCCAGGGCCAUCGAGCUGAUCAAGUCUGGAGGGAGACGAGUGCGUCUGCUGCUGAAGAGGGGAACAGGGCAGGUCCCAGAUUAUGACAAUGCUGCCUCAUGGGAUGCUCGCCCUUCAGCCUCCCCAAGUCUGUCGGAAGUAGCUCCGCCCAUCGACAGCCUCUCCAUGACAUCGCCCUCAUCUCAUCUGGUCCCCGUCCCUGAACCUCCUCACCUGCUGCCUCUGGACAUCCUUCGGGAUAGCGUGAUGGUGCGGGACAGCAGAACGGAGCGUUCCAAGAGCCCCCAGAAGGCCGAGCUGCUGAAUCCAGAUCUGGGACGGAGAGCUGCUGCAACCAGCGGGGGCAGCAGAGUUAGGAAGGAGGGUGGCAGGUCCACCCACAAGGGGCACAGGGUGCAGCCUGCUUCUGAGGGGGGAGGGGACAAAGACAGGGAGACCGGGGAGUCGAAACCCUUCAGGAGCACCAGAGGGAGGUCCAAGGAGAGACAUUUUGGGGACAACAGAGAACUCACCCAUUCUCCCAGCUGCUCCAAGCUCCCACACACCAACGGCAACAGCAGGGAAGACGGUGAGCGUUACAGCGGCGGACGACAGCCGUACGUGGAGCCCGAGCAGAGCAAGGCUAGGAGCAUGGAUCUGGAGCGUGGACAUGGAGAGAACCGGCCCAGCCUCCCUAACAAGAGCACCACCACCAACACCAACACCACCACCAGCAGCGGCAGCGGCGGCGUCACAGGGAGGAAGGUCACGGUCUCUCCUGGACCCUGGAAAAUCCCUGGAUCUGACAAACUGCCCAGCUCACUGCGCACAGGCACGUCCACGUCCACGCUGAGCAGAUAACACCGCAGCUCCCGCUGAACACUGUGGCCGCGCUCAUCACAAACACAGCACCGCCAACGGACCGAAAUCCAUUCUUCAUCUUCCUCCUGCUCCCCGCUCCUCCUCCUCAGCACCUGUGUGGAACCACAGGAGGGGCCGGACGACUGAGACCACGUGUUUUUUACAGUUUUAUUUAUGAGACCGUGCUCUAAAUUAUUUUGUGAACUAUAUACACCCACCACCUUAAGAACUGCUGAAUCAUCCACUUUUUAUGAAAAUACGAGAAAAGAAGAACAAGUAGAAUGUGUAAAUGUAGUUCCGAGGAGGAAUUAUUUUGAGAAUACAGAGUUUCCCUUGAACAAAACAAAAAAAAGUGUAAAGAACUUGUCGAAAGAACGCAGAGGGCCACUGUUAGUUGCCGUCUAAUUUUCUACGUAUAUAAAUCUACAUAACGGAGUCUAUUUUGUGAAAAAAAGAAUGUAAAGACGAGGAGGGUUUGAAGUGAUUUGAAUAAAAGGAACAGAGAGCAGCAGCAGCAGAGAAGAAACCCGUCAGAACUUUGCCUUAACAGAGACUUGGUGGACCUGGAUGUGUCUCUAACACUUGAGGAGUGUGAGUCUGUGAGAUCCUGCCUGUAAAUAAGAGAAAACAGAACCUUACAGCUGAGCCCACUCAAGUUCUAGCCUGCGAUGUAACGAGCGAAGCGAUGCAACCUGGACCAGAACUGUUGUUUCCUUCAUCUUCGUCCUGUGAUCACAAGCUGGAGGCCACAGCUGCGGGGGUCUCCGGGAGCUUCACAGCUACCUUUGUUGUUUCUCUCCUCAUUUUUUGCGCGUUUUGCUAAAGAGAAAAAAAUAAACAAAAAAAGCAAUCCACAACGAUGGCGUUCCAGUCAGACGCCGAGGAAAGGAGCUCCUGCGACAGAGACCUAAGGGCAGAGUGCCUUAGACUGACGGAGGUGGAAGCUUCAAAUGUUAAACACUUGAGAGGAUUUCAAACAGGCUGCUAUACAAGAUGAACACAAACUCUACAGAUAUAAAUAUAACAAAAAAAAAUAUUUUUACCUGUGUGUGUGAUACGGUAAUACACGUCAUUAUCUCACAAGUCCGUGGUCCCAGUUCAUUUUAGGUCAUGACGCGACUCCACUGAUUCCUUACUGAGGCUCAGCAGCAGAGGUUUCUGGGAUGAACCUCCUGUUCACAGUCGAUGAUGACAAUAAAGAAGAGGAUUGUGUCCGUUUGUCAAACGUCCUCACGUCCUGUCAAUGACGGCCCAUUAUUUAACUAAAUAUGAACCAACUGGCAGUGACCUCAGCUGACUGGUUCCAUGUUUCUAUCAUUUCAGACUCCUGGCCCACUCACAUCAGGCCAAUAAUAAUAUAAUCUGACCCUCUGAUUAAAUGACCCACAGCGCCCCCCAGAGUUUGAGGAGUUGGAAGAGUUCUUACUAUACUGCAGUCGUUCCCAAAUGUAUCCUACAGCAGUAGCUCAGCUUCCCAAGAGGGGCCUGGCUAAGGGGGGCUACCCCCCAGUUUGAGAACCCCUGCCUUACUACAUGAAGCCCAACAGUUUCUGGUUCGAUUCCUGGUCUUUUUAACUCUUUUUAACCACAAAGGUGUGAAUCUAAGUGUGAAUGGUUGUUUGUCUGGAUGUGUGGUCAUGUGACCGACUGGUGACCAAUCCAGUCUGUCACCCCGCCCUCACCCAGUGACUGUGAGGACUGAGCAGCAGAAGAUGGUUUCUGGUAUUUAUUUUAAUUUUCUUCUUCUGGUAUUUGAAAACUAUGUUGUGCCAGUUCCUCCCCUGUAGAUGGUGCUAUUACCACCUCAGUUGGUAGAUCACAUUUGUGUCACUC